UAUUAUUAUAAGUGGAUGAUUCCGUUUGUUGUUGGUUUUGAGUUUGGGUUUGUAUGCUGCAUAUUCACAAUUCAAACAAACAGAGGUGAAAUUUUCGGAGAAUCGGAGGCGCCUCUGAUUAGCUUGCUCAUCUCCUUCGCAGCGACAAUGGUGAGAGUUAGCGUGCUGAAUGAUGCUCUCAAGAGCAUGUACAAUGCAGAGAAACGUGGUAAGCGUCAGGUGAUGAUCAGGCCGUCAUCCAAAGUGAUCAUCAAGUUUCUUAUUGUCAUGCAAAAGCAUGGAUACAUUGGAGAGUUCGAGUAUGUUGACGACCACAGGUCUGGUAAAAUUGUGGUCGAACUGAAUGGAAGGCUUAACAAGUGUGGGGUCAUUAGUCCUCGUUUUGAUGUUGGUGUUAAGGAGAUUGAAGGUUGGACUGCCAGGUUGCUUCCUUCAAGACAGUUUGGAUAUAUCAUGCUCACCACUUCUGCUGGCAUCAUGGACCAUGAAGUGGCUAGAAGAAAGAAUGUUAUUUCUUCGAGAUGUUCCAUAUUAUGUUUGUAUGCUAUUUAUUUCUCCGUUUGUUGAAAUUUUCAUGCUUGCAACCAAGAUGCAUGACCUAUGUUUAUGCAGGCACAAGUGGGAGAUUGUCAGGCAGUGGUUCCAACCUGUAGAGGCUUCAAGGUUAAGAAGUAAAAUCUAGAAGUUACUCAAGGAAGAAUUUCAAAAUGCAUCCAAGUCUAACUGCUCUAAAGAAUCCUCUCCUUUGAGUGAUGCUUCUGAUGACUGAAUUGACAAGUGGGAUCCUUUCUGAAUCUACACACAGUUGGUGCAUAUUGUCCAACCAGUCAAUCAAUUAAUCUGCCGUGAAAAUGAUCUUUUGAGUUUAGUAACUGGAAAAAUUAGUCUGAUUUCGAAUUUAUGAAAGACAGCUUUUUAAAAGAAGAAUGGUGCUAUCUGGAUCAAGAAGUUGAUAUUUCAGAUCUAACAGUUUCAGACUGUUGGAAAUGACUCCCUGACCAUAUUGAGGA